UUUAAAACCAGAUCAGUGGGAGCAGAGCUCGAACAAUCAAUGGAGCUCUCUUCUUCUACAUCGCACAUGCUGUUAAUUCUUGCAUUACUGAUACUCAGUUUUAUGCUGAACUUUUCAUCUGCAGCUUACAAUGUCACGUACGACAGCCGCUCUCUCAUCAUCGACGGCCAGCGGAAGCUUCUCAUCUCCGCUGCCAUCCACUACCCUCGCAGCGUCCCCUCCAUGUGGCCAGGACUGGUACAAUUAGCCAAAGAAGGAGGUGUGGAUGCCAUAGAAACCUAUGUCUUCUGGAAUGGUCAUGAGCUCUCUCCAAAUAAUUACUAUUUUGGAGGAAGGUUUGAUCUGGUCAAAUUCUGCAAGAUCGUUCAGCAGAGUGGUUUGUAUCUAAUUCUUCGAAUCGGGCCAUUUGUUGCUGCAGAAUGGAAUUUUGGUGGCAUACCUGUUUGGUUGCACUACAUACCAGGAACUGUCUUUCGAACUGAUAAUGAACCUUUCAAGUAUUAUAUGCAGAAGUUCAUGAUAUAUAUAGUGAAUUUGAUGAAGAAGGAGAAGCUAUUUGCAUCACAGGGAGGUCCAAUCAUUUUGGCACAGGUUGAAAAUGAAUAUGGUUUCUAUGAGACUGCUUAUGGAGAAGGUGGAAAAAGGUAUGCCUUGUGGGCGGCUAGAAUGGCUGUUUCUCAAAAUACAGGCGUACCUUGGAUAAUGUGCGAGCAAUUUGAUGCUCCUGAUCCUGUGAUUGAUACAUGCAAUUCAUUUUAUUGCGAUCAGUUCAAAUCACUCUCUCCUAAUAAGCCCAAAAUUUGGACUGAGAACUGGCCUGGCUGGUAUAAAACAUUUGGGGGCAGAGAUCCUCACAGACCUCCUGAAGAUGUUGCCUUUUCUGUUGCUCGUUUUUUUCAAAAAGGAGGAAGCCUACAAAACUAUUACAUGUAUCAUGGCGGUACAAAUUUUGGACGCACUUCAGGUGGACCAUUCAUUACCACAAGUUAUGACUACAAUGCGCCAAUUGAUGAAUAUGGCUUAGCUAGAUGUCCAAAAUGGGGUCACCUCAAAGAACUUCAUAGAUCUAUAAAGUUAUGUGAGCAUGCAUUGGUGAACAGUGAGCCUAAGGUCCUUUCAUUGGGACCUUUACAAGAGGCCGAUGUAUAUGAAGAUGCAUCGGGAGUUUGUGCUGCCUUUAUUUCGAAUAUGGAUGAUAAAAAUGACAAAAUGGUGGAGUUCAGAAACAUGUCCUAUUACCUACCGUCAUGGUCUGUUAGCAUUCUACCAGACUGCAAAAAUGUAGCAUUUAACACAGCAAAGGUUGGGUCUCAAACUUCCACGGUUGAGAUGAUACCAACAGAUUUGCAGCCAUCAACUAAUUUGCCAAAUAAAGACUUGAAAGGUCUUCAGUGGGAUGUCUUUGUGGAGAAAGCUGGGAUAUGGGCUGAUGCCAACUUCAGUAUAAAUGGCUUGGUAGAUCACAUUAACACUACAAAAGAUACUACGGACUACCUCUGGUAUACGACAAGUUUACUUGUUGACGAGACUGAAGGGUUCACCAGAAAUGGAAGCAGUCCAAUACUUAUCGUUGAAUCAAAGGGUCAUGCUUUGCACGUUUUUGUCAAUCAGAAGCUUCAAGCUAGUGCAUUCGGGAAUGCCACAGUUUCUCCCUUCAUAUUUAGAAGUCCCAUCUCUCUCAAGGCAGGGAAGAAUGAGAUUGCUCUACUAAGCAUGACAGUUGGCCUACAGAAUGCAGGAGCAUUUUAUGAAUGGACUGGAGCUGGUCCUACCCAGGUCAGAAUUGAGGGGUUGAAGAAUGGGACAGUAAACAUGUCCUCAUAUAAAUGGACUAACAGGAUUGGAUUGCAAGGAGAAAACUUAAGGAUAUAUGAUUCGAUUGGUUUGAAUGGGGUGAACUGGGUAUCGACAUCAGAACCACCAAAAGAACAGCCCCUCACUUGGUACAAGGCUGAAUUGAACCCUCCACCGGGGGAUGAGCCCAUUGGACUUGAUAUGAUUCACAUGGGGAAAGGGCUGGCUUGGUUAAAUGGACAAGAAAUUGGAAGAUACUGGCCGAGAAAGUGCUCCAAACAUGAAGAGUGUGUUCAACAAUGCGAUUACAGAGGGAAAUUUAGCCCUGAUAAGUGUAGCACAGGGUGUGGAGAGCCAUCACAAAGAUGGUAUCAUGUUCCAAGGUCUUGGUUCAAGCCAUCAGGAAACGUCUUAGUGAUAUUUGAAGAGAUUGGCGGAGAUCCUACUUCAAUUCAAUUCUCGAGGCGAAAAAUUUCAAGUGUAUGCUCUCAUAUCUCAGAAGAUCAUCCUUCUUUUGACUUUGAACACUUUCAGAAAGAUGGAGCUGGAGAUUACAAUAAUAAAGCUACUGUAAGUUUGAAGUGCCAAAAGAACACUCAAAUCUCUGCUGUUAAAUUUGCUAGCUUCGGAAAUCCUGUGGGAACAUGUGGAUCUUAUGCCCAGGGGGAGUGCCAUGAUCCAAGUUCAAUUUCCAUAGUAAAAAAGGUUUGCCUAAACAAAACUGAAUGUGCACUGGAACUAACGAAAGAUAAUUUUGACAUGGAACUGUGCCCCGGUUCAGUGAAAAAACUCGCUGUUGAAGUGGUGUGCACCUGACAUCCAAAUUGUGCAAGCUGGAAGAUACUGAUACAAAAUCUUAGAUCGUUCAUUAUAUCAGUGAGAUAAUUAUUCUAAAUUUCCACCUUGCAGCGGGAAAGCUGCAGAUUUGUCUUUAUUUCUUCUUCUCGGGCGAGUUCUUAUCAGUUGAUCGAUGGCAAUAAUAGUUGGUGUUGUACGCUAGAUAUUCCUUUACCAAGAAGAAAAAAAAAAUUACAUUAAAAUUCGAGUACUUGUUUUAAGGAUCGGAAAGUGUACAAGCAACAGUAUUUCCAGGUGGUUGUCUUUUGUUUCUCCUGGAUGAUCAAUAUAAUUUGAUAUUAAGCUUACUUGAUGUUAGUAAAUCAUGCUUGGUUCUCCUA